ACCUGGCAGCCUUGCGAAGAUGCCUCUUCACGGCGCGAGAGCUGCGGCUCUCCUCGCUUGGGUGAACAGCACAAAAGUCUGUACCGAUCCCCUCGAUGACCUGUCACAGCUCCAGGAUUGUAGCGUCUUCAUCAGGAUCAUCAACAAAAUCCACAGGAGCGAGGAGGGGGAGUCUGUGCUGGAGCAGCCGCUGCUGGAGAGGAUCUCCUUCAUCCGCAGCUUCCUGCAGAAGCACUGCAAGCACAAAUCAGCUGCGGAGAACCUGGUUGCAGCACAGAAACUCCUGGAGGGAGAGGAGCUGGCGUUGGCCAAGGUGGCCGUGCUGCUCCUGUAUCACACCUCCAUGAGCUGCCAGAGCCCCGGGGACUGGAAUGAGUUUGACUACAAGACCCAGGUUGAGCUGGCAUCGAUCCUCAAAUUUGUGCUGGACAACGAGGAGAGCCUGAAUGAGAAUCUGGAGACGUUUCUGCAGAGGAAAGCGCCGCUGUCCUCGUCCAGCGGGUCCAGCAGCAGCUCCGAGGAGCACUCCCCGUUGCUCUCCCUCCCGCACAAGCGAGAGGUGCGUUUCCUGGAGCUGCAGAAGAUUGCCUCCUCCUCCUCUGGUGCCAACAACAUGCUCCCCGGCCCUCCGUCCUCACCCAUGGGGGAUGUCAUGCAGACCCCCCAGUUUCAGCUGCGACGGCUGAAGAAGCAGCUGGCUGUUGAGAGAGAGACGCGGGAUGAGCUGGAGGUGGAGCUGGCAGAGAAUCGCAAGCUCAUCACGGAGAAGGAGGCUCAGAUCACCAUGAUGCAGCAGCGGAUUGACCGCUUGGCUCUGCUCAACGAGAAGCAAGCUGCAGACCAGCUGGAGCCCAAGGAAAUGGAGGAGCUGAGGGAGAAGAACGAGAGCCUGAUGGUGCGCUUGCACGAGGCCCUCAAGCAGUGCCAGGACCUGAAGACUGAAAAAGGCCAGAUGGACCGAAAAAUCAACCAGCUCUCUGAGGAGAACGGGGAUCUUUCCUUCAAGCUGCGGGAGAUUGCCAGCCACUUGGUCCAGCUGCAGGAAGCCCUGAACGAGCUCUCGGAGGAGCACAACGCGGCCCUGGCGCAGUCGCAGGAAAAGCAGGGGCAGCUGGAGAGCGAGCUGCGUGCUGCCCUGCAGGAGAAGAAAUGCUCGGAAGAGAAGAUCGAGAUUCUCCAGGGGAAGAUUUCUCUGCUGGAGGACCAGCUGGCCAAGCUGGGGGACUGCAGCGCCCAGGAGAAGGGAGAGGUCAUGGGGGACAUCCUGAAGCUGGAAGAGCUGAAGCAGGAGGUGUCCAGCCUCACCGCAAAAGGGGCCGAGCUCCAGGCCACCGUCCUGCAGCUGGAAGAGGAGAAGCAGCUGCGGGAGGCAGACCUGCAGUCUGAGCGCAGCCGCUUCGAGGAGGAAAAGCAGCAGCUGGGCGGCCUCGUUGCCAGCCUCCAGAACUCCCUCUCCGAGAGCCACCGGGUCAGGGAGAGGCUGGAGCAGGACCUGAAGGCGUGGGAGGCCGGCGAGCCCCAGGGCACCCCGCCGCGGGGCCGGGAGGCCGAGGCAGAGGCGAGGCACGAGGAGGAGGCCGGACGGCUGGCUGCCCUCGACGCCCAGCACGAGAAGACCCUGCGGGAGAGGGACUCUGCCCUGCAGCAGCUCCAGCACCUGCGGGAGGCCAACGCGUCCCUGAGCAGCCAGCUGCAGGCCAUGGCGCAGGCCCAGGACGCCAGCCAGGCUGCCUCGGCGGCGGAGAAGGCUGAGCUGAGUCGGAAGGUCGGGGAGCUGGAAGCCAGGAUCCUGGAGCUCGGCGCCCAGCGGCAGCCGGGAGCGGCGGAGGGGCUGAGAGCCCAGCUGCGGGAGCUGGAGGGCAGGCUGAAGGAGAGCCAGCAGAGGCUGGCCGAGAGAGAGAGGCUGGCCCGGGAGAACGCCCGCCUGCAGGAGCGGCUGCUCUUCCUGGAGGAAUCCCUGCGGAACACCGAGGGCAUCCUGGAGGAUGAGAAGAGGCGGGCGGCCGAGAGCCUGGAGGGCAGCCUGGCCAGGAUCGCCGAGCUGGAGGCGGAGAGGCAGCAGCUGGUGCAGGGCCGGGAGCCGGCUCCGCAGGAGCGGGGCGAGGAGCCGGUCAAGCGCCGGGCGCUGGAGGAGAGCCGGGAGAAGGCGAUGGGAACAUCCCCCGCUGCCCGAGGGGAGGAUGGAGAGCGGGGGCGGCUGGAGGAGGAGUUGCGGGCGCUGAGCAGGGAGCACGGCUGGGCCUGCCAGCGGCUGCAGGCCGAGCAGGAGAAGGCGGCCGCGCUGGAGGCCCGGGUGGAGCGCCUGGCCGCCGAGCACCAGGAGAGGCUGGCUGCCCUCCAGGCCGACCUGUCCAGCACCCGGGCGCGGGCGAAGGAGAAGGAGGGUGAGGAGCAGAAGCUGAGGGCCGAGCUCUCCUCCUUGCGGGAGAAGAUGGCCGUCGCGGAGCAAGCCGCGGCCCAGCGCGCAGCUGGGCUGGAGGCGGAUGCCCGGAGAGCCGCCGAGGCGCUGGAGGGGGUCUCCCAGCAGCUCUCCCAGGAGAAGCUCAAAUCCAAGGAGCUGGAAGCCGCUGUGAAGAAGCUGUCCGGGGAGGUGACCCUGCUGGGUGCCAGGCUGGAGGAGACGCUGCGGGAGCACCGGCGGGACCUGGCGUGCCGGGAGGAGGAAGUCGAACGCCUGCGGCAGGAGGUGGAACGGGCCAAAACGGACUGCGCUGCCGAGCGAGCCCGCAAGGCAGAGCUGGAGGUGCAGCUGCAAAACUCCCUCAACGAGCAGAGAGUGGAGCGGUCGGUGCACCGGGAGGAGCUGGCCAGGUCCCGGGGACUGAUGGAGGAGAAGGAGGGGGAGCUGGAGGAGCUCCGCCGGAAAAACGUCUCGCGGGGCGAGGAGCUGAGGGAACUGCAGAAGACGGUCAGCAAGCUGAAAGGAGAGCUUGCCUCGGCGGAGGCAGCCAAGGAGCGGGCGCCCAAGGUGGACAACGAGCUGCAGAGCUUGUCGGAGGCCGCCCGGAGCAGGGAUGCAGAGGGGGACAGCAUCAAGGCCACCUCCUCAAAGGAGAUGUCCCUUAAAAGCUUGGAGGAGAAGACCCGUCACAGGGAGCAGGAAUCCAGCUCGAGCCAAGACCUUUACCAGGAGAAGCUGAAGGAGACCCAAGCACUUCGUUUGCAAGUGGAGGAGCUGGAGCAGAAGUGCAGGGGGCAGCAGGAGGCUAUGGCCGCCCUCGAGCGAGCGGCGGCCGAGGCGGCGAUAGCGGAGCAAGCGGAGCUGGAGGCCUCCAGGAGGGAAGCGGCCCAGCAGAAGGAGAAGGCGUCUGAGCUGCAGAAGCUGCUGGAGGCCUCGAGGUCGGCGCAAGCUCUGCACGACAGCACCGUGGAGGCCCUGCGGAAGGAGCUGCAGGAGAAGGGCAGGGAGCUGACCCAGAGCAAAACUGCCAUCACCGCUGCCGAGAAGGAGCUGGCGUCCCUCCGCUCCACGGCGCAGGAGAAGAGCCGGUCGGAGGAGAGCUGGAAGGAGCAAGUGUCCCAGUGCGUCCAGGAGAUGGAGAGGAAGAACAGCCUGAUCGGCAGCCUGGAGCACGAGGUCUCCAUCCUCCAUCGGCAGGUGACGGAGAAGGAGGGGGAGAGCAAGGAGCUGAAGCGCCUGAUUGUUGCCGAGUCGGAGAAGAGCAAGAAGCUGGAGGAGAGGCUGCGGGUGCUGCAGACGGAGAUGGCCACCGCUGCCUCCCGGGCGGCCGAGCGGUGCUCGUUGAUGAAGGUGGAGGUGCAGCGGUGCCAGGAGGAGAUGGAGAAGCAGCGGUUGGCCAUCGAGGCCCUGAAGAGGGACCGUCACUGCCAGAGCGAGCGGGAGGAUGAGCUGCGUCAGGAGGUGAAGGUCUGCCAGGACAAGUGCCUCCAGAAGGAGCAGCUCCUCGCCACCCUGCAGCAGGAGCUCGGCAGCGCCCAGGCGCUUGCCGGGGAGUUGCCAGCGCUGAAGCACCUGUGCCAGCAGCUGCAGGCUGAGCGCGCCUCCCUGGAGAGCCAGCACCGCCAGGACCUGGAGCAGAGGGCGAAAGCCCUGGCCGCUCUGCAAGCAGAGCUGGCCCGGGCCAAGCUGGAGGCGGCUGAGGUGCCCUCCCUGCGGGAGCGGUCGGCGGAGCAGGAUCGGGCUGUCCAGCGGCUGCAGGCGGAGGCGGCGGAGCAGGCGGCACGGCUGGCGGGGCUGCAGCAGGCCAACACUCGGCUGGCCGAGGAGAACCGGGGGCUCAGCGAAAGCCGGAGCCGCGGGCAGCAGCGGCUCGAGGCGGAGCUGAGCCAGGCCAGGGAGCGGCACGCACGGGAGCUGGAGCGGCUGCGGUCGGCAUCGGAGGAGCUGGUGGCCAGCAGCCGGCAGGAGGCCAAGGAGGCGGCGCGGAAGCUGGAGGCAAUGAGUAACGAGUACGAGAGCAGCAAAGCGGCGGCGCUGGAGGAGAGGAGAAAGCUGCUGGAGGAGAGGCAGAGGCUGACAGCUCAGGUGGAGCAGCUAGAGGUAUUUCAGAAAGACCAAGCUAAGCAGGUGGAGGAGCUGAAUAAAAAGCUGACCCAGCACGAGAAGGCCACCCGAACCCAGCAGCAGAGGGUUAAGGUGCUGGAAGGGGAGCUGCAGGCAGAAGCCACACGCCAGCAGGAGAAGGUGGCAGAGCUGCAGGCGCAGCUGGCCCAGAAGGAGCAGGCGGCCGAGCACUACAAAGGCCAGAUGGAAAAGGCAAAAAUUUACUAUGAUGCAAAGAAGCAGCAGAACCAGGACCUGGCAGAGAAGCUGAAGGCCAUGGAGCAGCUGCAGAAGGAGAACGCGGAGCUCCGGACAGAGUCGGAGAGGUUGGCCAAGGAGCUGCAGCAGAGCGUCCUGCAGGCCAAGGAGUCGGAGCUGAGCUGCAGGAACCUCACCAGCCAGGUCUGCAGCCUGGAGGCUCAGGUGGAGUUUGCCAAUCGGCAGCUACGGGAGCUCGGCAAGUUCCAGGUGGCGACGGACGCGCUGAAGGGCCGGGAGACUUUCCGCCAGAACCCCGCCGAUCUCAGCGCCGACAGCCUUGACCUCAGCCUCGACGAAGUGCAGCCGCUCAACUCCACCAGGAAGGCCGGCCGCUCGCAGUCGGAGGCCUCGGCGGUGCCGCCAGGCAGCGAAGAGUCGCUGGCAUCCCAGCGGCUGCCCCGCAAGGUGGAGUCCCUGGAGAGCCUCUACUUCACCCCCAUCCCCAGCCGCACCCGGUCCCAGCUGGAGAGCAGCGCCGGCUCCCUGGGCGACCUCUCGCUCGACUCCGGCUGCAAGACCCGCUCGGCCCGGCGCCGCACCACCAUCAACAUCACCAUGACGAAAAAACAGGCCAAGACGGAGGAACCGGACAGUGCUGACGUCUCCUUCUGCAGCAUCCCGGCGGCUCAGGCCCCGAACGCCGCCCCCGGCAAGGGCCGCCUGCGCUCGGCCGCCUCCUCCCGCUCUCUCGCCAGCUUCCCCUCCCAGGAGUCCCUCGUCAAGCUGGAAACCUCCUCCCCGCAGGAGACCCCCGGCAAUUCGGCGCUGCUGGGCCUCCCCGGCUACCGGCCGGUCACCCGCAGCUCCCUGAGGCGCUUGCAGGGGGGCAGCAGCUCCAGCCUCGGCCGGAGCAGCAUCUACCUGGGCACAUGCCAGGAUGAGCCGGAGCAGCUGGACGACUGGAACCGCAUUGCGGAGCUGCAGCAGCGCAACCGAGCCUGCCCGCCCCACCUGAAGACCUGCUACCCCCUGGAGAGCAGGCCCUCCAACUUCCUGGGGACCAUCACGGACGAGGAGAUGAAGACGGGCGACCCGAAGGAGACGCUGCGGCGGGCCAGCAUGCAGCCUGCGCAGAUCGCCGCCGGCACGGCCACCCGGCGCAGCACCCUGGGCACGGCCUGGGUCGGCGGCAUCACCACCCGGCAGCAGAGGAAGCGCCUCUCCGACGAGUCCCACCAGGGCCCCGACACCCCCGAGUCCAAGAAGCCGACCAGCUGCUUCCCACGUCCCCAGACCCCCCGGGACCGCAGCGAGCGGCGCAGCUCCCAGGUCAGCCGGAGGAGCGAGCAGCAGCCCCCCAGCAAGCAGCCCGAGAGGCGCCAGUCGAUGGCGUUCAGCAUCCUCAACACCCCGAAGAAGCUGGGGAACAGCCUGCUGCGCCGGGCGGCUGGCCGGAAAACCACCCCCAAGAACUCCCCCCGCGGCAGCGCCCGCCGCUCGCCCCGCAUUGCCACUGCCAAGUCCCCCAAGGGCAAGGCCAGUCGCCGAUCGCUCAAGGACACGAAAUUCUGAGGUUCCCCCGGCUGUGCUGCACCCCGCCUGGGGUGGGGAGAGCGUCCCCUGACCCCCACGCUCUGCCCUGGACC